UAGACUUCCAGUCGUGCGCGUUCAUACCAUCCAUACAAUACACCAUAAGAGUCAUUGACUUACAAAGGAUAUACAUAAAUAAAUCUAUCAAAAAAUAUUAUUAUUUUUUUAUAAUAAUAUGAGUAGAUUGUGAAAAAUGGUUUUUAAACAUUAAAGAAAAAAUUAUUGUCAUUACAAUUUCUACAAAUUAAUAUUAGUUCAUCCUGUCAAUUUUGGUGAUUACAGCAUAAUGUUUAUUUAUAUUCUAUGGUGGUUAAUUCCCUUAGUAAGCAAUGUGCGAGGCAUAAUGCUACCAUCGAAAAUGAUACAACAUUUAAGUAGACAUGUAAAUGACGCGAUGAAAAAAUAUGAUGAAAAAGAAUUGGCCAUUCUCAAUAACGGAACUCAAUUAACUAAAGGAUCCUCUCCCUGGUUUCUAAGUUUGUCUCAUGAAAUUUCUGACGCCGCAAAAAAUCUUUCUAAGCAAGCACUGAGAAGAGAAACAAUGGCAAUUAUGUUGGUUCAAGCAUUUCGAAUGUCUCCAAAAGAUGCAGUUUCAUUAUUACCAACCAUGACAUUAGGAUCUAACAUCUGCAGUGAUAUUAAUGCUUUUAGGAAUAUUAUUAUAGAAUGUAAAAACACCAACUUCAGAUAUAGAACUUAUUCCGGUAGAUGUAAUAAUUUAUUACAUCCAUCUUGGGGAGCAGCUUUAGAAAGUUACACGCGAAUCUUACCACCAGAAUAUCAAGAUGGUGUAUCAUUGCCACGAUUAUACGAACCAAGUGCACACGAGAUAUCAAUUAAAGUUUUUCCUGAUGGUAUUGACAUUAAACAUCCAUAUUUAAUGGUGAUAACUACACUAUUUGGCCAAUUUAUUGCCCAUGACUUGGCUCAUACACCGAAAAUGGUAUUACCAGAUGGCAAUAAAUUUAAAUGCUGCAAUGUAGAUUAUGAGAAUUUCCAUCCUGAAUGUUUUCCUAUUAAAACAAAAAAUUAUUCAGGUUGUAUGGAAUAUACACGAUCUGCUCCACAUCCUGGCAACACAUAUCAGGGUUGCAAAUUAGGAUCAAGACAACAAAUAAAUCAAGCAACAUCAUUUUUAGACUUAUCCACAAUAUAUGGAAAUUCUGAAUACGUUGCACAAAGUUUACGUGCCAACAGAAGUGGUCUUCUUAAUACUCAAAAAAAAAAUUUACCAAUACCAUUAAAAGAUUUGGAUGAUUGUCGAAAUGAUAAAAAAGCUCUACCAUGCUUUUUCAGUGGAGAUUUACGAAUUAAUGAAAAUCCUGGUAUUGCUUUAAUGCAUAUUCUAUUUUUACGUGAGCACAAUAGAAUCGCUAAACGAUUGAAUGUAUUAAACCCACACUGGAAUGAUGAAAAGCUGUUUCAAGAAUCACGGAGAAUUGUUAUUGCUGAGAUGCAGCAUAUUACCUACAAUGAAUUUUUGCCAGUUAUCAUUGGUGAAAGUAAUCUUUAUAGAUAUAAUUUGCGGUUAGCUAAGCCUGGUGCCUUCACCUUUUAUGAUCCAAGAAUUGAUCCAACAUUACCGAAUGCUGUUGCGUCUGUCGGACUUUUCGUUUUUACUGCUCUAACACCAAAAAUAUCUGACACCAUGGAGUCUCGUUUGGCUGUUAAAUCGAGCGAUAGAUCUACGUUUUCGACUUUUUAUGCUCAUCAAGACUUAUAUGAAAUGGGGGCUAUCGAUCGAUUAAUAACUAGUGCAACUGUUGGACAUUUGAGGGAGCCAUUAAGAUUGAAUGAAAUAUUAUCAAAAAGGUACUUAUACGAUGAAAAAACUAAUGAAGUUGUUGUAGAUUACGUAGCUCAAAUAAUCCAACAAGGAAGAGAUCAUGGAUUACCACCGUAUAUUAGAUGGCGACCAUUUUGUAACCUCGCUGGAGUUGAAACUUUUACCGAUCUUCGAAGUACAAUGAGUAAAGAUAGCAUUAAACGACUUCAACAUGUUUAUAGAAACGUGGGUGACAUUGAUUUAAUAACAGGCGCCCUAUUGGAAUUACCUAUUAAGGACGCAGUGAUGGGACCUACGUUUCUUUGUUUAAUCAGCUUUGCCUUCAGGAAUAUUCGUUUGGGUGAUAGAUACUGGUUCGAAAAUACUAAAACACCAGGUGCUUUUACAAUUGAACAAUUAGAUGAAAUUCGUAAAUCUACAUUAGCUAAACUAUUAUGUGAUAAUGGAGACACAUUGAAACAUGUACAACCUAAAGCAUUUCUUCUUGAGGAUCCUUUUCUUAAUCAAGUCACGGAUUGUUCAUCGUAUUUAAAACAUAGCAUAGAUCUUACAGCUUGGAAAGAACAACGUAAAUGAAUUAUUUACCCCAGACUUUUUGAAUAGUUUGUAAUAGUGUGUAAAAUAAAAUAAUAAUGACAGAAUUUUAUUCACUACGUGCACGACAGCAGCUCCAAGUAAUGAAUGAAGUAAAGGGGGAAAUUGAGGUACAUUCAAUAUAUAAUUUAAUAGGAGUUCGCGUUAAAAAUUAUAAUUUUUCGAUCUUAAAAAAAUUCUAUGAAUAUCAAAAGCUAGCAAAAAGUUUUAUAAAUUUUUAUUAUAUUUGGUAUCAGUUUAACUCACAAGAAAUAAGGAUGAUCAACAAAAAAAUACCAAAUAAAAUACUUAACACUUAGUGAAAAUUUAGUUAUAAGUAUUGUCAAAGUUUAAAAAAAUAAUAACUCAAAAUAAAAAUUUCUUAAAAAACUAAAAUUAUUAUAUAUUUAUAAAAAAAAAUUUCAUUUUCUUCAUAAUUAAAAGAAAACUAAAUAAAUAAAAUGGUUUAAAUACACAUGAAGAAAUGUUGAACACCUCAAAAUGUAAAUUUUCUUAACCCUUUGUCACCCGCAUCACUUUUUCAUCCUUCGUCACUCGCGCGGUGAGCGCUGCACCGCCGUGUUAAAUCAAGCGCGCUGUUGCCACAUUUUUCAGAUUGCUAAAUCUAUAUAAAAAAUAAUCUAAAUGAAAUUUUUUUUAAUAAUUAAUUUAUCGAAAUUAAAAAAUAAAAGAUAGAUUUUCCAUUUUGUUUUUAAUUUUUUUUAUUAGGAAUUACUCCGUUUCAAUUAAAAUUAAAUUUUUUUUA